AUGCCUCGCACGAGUGACGGCAACAAGAAGCCUACGACGGCUGCUACGAACCUGAUUGCCGGUGGAGGUGCCGGCAUGAUGGAAGCUCUAGUGUGCCACCCCCUCGACACGAUCAAGGUGCGGAUGCAGCUGUCGCGCCGCGCGCGGCAACCGGGCGCCCCGAAGCGCGGCUUCGUCAAGACGGGCGCGCAGAUCAUCGCCAAGGAGACCCCUCUGGGCCUGUACAAGGGGCUGGGGGCGGUCCUGACGGGCAUCGUGCCCAAGAUGGCCAUCCGCUUCACCUCGUUCGAGAGCUACAAGCAGCUCCUGUCGGACAAGGCCUCGGGCGUGGUGUCGGGCAGGUCGACCUUCCUGGCCGGCCUGGCGGCGGGCGUGACCGAGGCCGUCGCCGUCGUCACGCCCAUGGAGGUCAUCAAGAUCCGCCUCCAGGCCCAGCACCACUCCAUGGCCGACCCGCUCGACGUGCCCAAGUACCGCAACGCCGCCCACGCGCUCUACACCGUCGUCCGCGAGGAAGGGGCCGGCGCGCUCUACCGCGGCGUCAGCCUCACGGCCCUCCGGCAGGGCACCAACCAGGCCGUCAACUUCACCGCCUACACCUACUUCAAGGACUGGCUCAAGGCCUGGCAGCCCCAGUACGAGGGCGUCAACCUGCCCUCCUGGCAGACCACCCUCAUCGGCCUCGUCAGCGGCGCCAUGGGCCCCCUGUCCAACGCCCCCAUCGACACCAUCAAGACCAGGCUCCAGAGGAACCCCGCUCUGCCGGGAACGAGCGCCUGGUCUAGGAUAUCCACCAUCGCUGCCGACAUGUUCAAACAAGAAGGUUUCCACGCCUUUUACAAAGGAAUCACCCCUCGCAUCAUGCGCGUCGCACCCGGUCAGGCCGUCACCUUCACCGUCUACGAAUACCUCAAGGAGAAGCUGGAGAGUAGUAAUCUCAAGUUUACCGGUGGGAGGUACGAGGAAUAA